GGGAGGAGGUUGGGUUGGUGGGAGGAGGUUUUGUGGGUGGAGAAGAGGCGAGGGAGCAAGUGUUUACUCGAACUGACCAGGCGUAUAGCUCAUAUCUCGAAGAUGAAUCUGGAGGAAGGGGGUUACUGGCGGAUAUCGACUCUGCUUUAUCAGCCAGUGGCUGCACUCGGCUGAUCUCUGGACCCUCAGAUUGAGCAACACCACAGGAGGAAAAAAGGGGCAGCUUCCAUACCGGUUAGAAACAAAGGUGGGAUCGCACAGAGAGAGAGAGAGAGAGGCGUGAGUGAGGGGAAAGUCAGAGGCUGUACGAGCAGCAGAGCAGCAGCUGUUAGCCGGAGCUUUCUGAUGUGAACUUUGAAAUCAGGGUUUUGGGGAGAGUAUGAAAGAUCUGAGAGGACCGGGGCGGUCCGAGGCAGGGGUCCAUGUGGUGACAGCAGCCAGUGCAAGAGGAGGACAGAGACUCAUGUGAGACACAGAGGAGUUCAUAUAUAAGAAGACAAAGAGACAAACUGGACUUCAGGAUGUUAUGGACUUUUCUCUCCUUAGGUUAGACGGGGUCACGUGUGGGUCUUGAGGUCCUCGGCAGUAUUAGUUGUUUGUCUUUCACUGGGUUCCAGCCUAUCUCAACACUGUGGGGUCCAGGGUCAAAGGACUGAACAGAUAGCUGGCCGUGACGUUUCUUUUAACUUAGACAACAGUUCUCUGUGACUAAUUCUGGGCGUGUAGUAUUUGUGGUGUUAUCUUAAUUAAAGUCGAUCCAGCAGGAUGAGUUGGGCAGAAUGUGAGACCGACUCAGGCACUUCUGAUGAACUCUGAGAGUGUCUCUGAUUCUCUUGGCCAAGCGUCAGUAAAUAAAACAGCAUCAGACAUCAGAGGCUCCUGAACUCACCACUGACCACCGGUUGCAGCGAUUUCUCCACAACACAGGAUGGGUGUUAAGAGCAAGGCAGCUGCAGCGAUCGUAGUCCUGCUGCUGUUCCUCGGCUCCCUGUGGCUCCAGGGAGGUUUGGAUUACCACUGGGAUUCUUGUUUGAAAGGUUACAACCAGGAGAACAAGAUUCACCAGCUGUACAACAGCAGCGUGGUGGACGAGGCCGAGGGCCUGCAGAUCCUGGAGGUGUGCCCUGGUCAGACCUUCCAGGUGUCGCUGCUGCUCUCGCACCUGCUGGCUGCGCCGGCGGACACCUCGGACGUGCUGCUGCAGCCCUAUCUGUCCAGCUGGGACGAGCUCGUGAAGUUUAUUGAAGCUCUCGGCCCGAUGGUGGGAAUGAUAUCUCAAGAGAUAAAAACCAAGACCUCGAUUAUCCGCCAGCUGGCCCUGCUGACAGAAAAGGGCCCUGAAGCCGAACUGGGCCCAGAUGAGCUUUCGAUAAACCCUGUGAGCCCAGAGAUCGGGAGCGGGACAAAGAACAACGUGGAGACUGGUGCUUACCACUCAGUCCACUCCAUGAUCGCGAUGGAGCUGAGCGAUGGAGUGGUGGACUUCCACCAACAGACGGACUCCGGAUGCCGGACUCUCCUGCGUCUGCAUCGCGCCCUGCUCUGGCUGAAGCUCUUCCUGGAGAAGCUGUCUGAGAUGCCGGAGGACGGCGGCCGGCUCAGGAGCCCCUCGGAUCUGUGCCGGGAGGCCUACCAGAACACGCUCGCCAACCACCACGCCUGGUUCAUCCGCAAGGCCGCUGAGCUGGCCUUCAUCGCCCUGCCGGAGCGGGGUUUCUUCUACAAGCUGGUGUGCGUGCAGAACCAGGAGGAGCUGAGUGCGGUGCUGAACAGGGUGGCUCGGGCCAUCGGAGAGGUUUACGACAGGACACAGAAAGCCCUGGAGGAGAAUGGCAUGCUGGACCUGCCAUAGGAAAGACCGGACAUACAGCCUCUACUGUUUUGCACUUCCAAGCUACAAGCGAGGGCCAAACUUUCCAAGGAAAUAAUGAACUCACAUGUGCCACAUUUUCCCCUCGCAAACCAAAGUGCUGUGUCAACAAUCAACUGACGUUUCGCUUUCAGUCUCGAGACAUUCCUUGUCAGGAUUUAUGAGAUCACGUCUGGACUUGACCUCAAAUUAGAGAAGCACUUUGAUGAUGCAUCUACGCCCACUUAACACAGGCUGUGAAUUAUUAAACAGGAAAGCAUGAACACCACGCAGCUACAGCGAUCCGACAACAAGAAGAAGAACGGGUUCUUGUGUCAGAGCGGAGGUGUUCACACGCUUCAGAUUUUUUAAAAUAAAUUCAAAUUAAGCGACGUUUUAAUUGUAGUUCAUUCUCGGUGAUUAACCCAAAGGCCGGUAGGUCUAGAUUCCCUAAAAUAUGGGACCAAUCUGUUGUGAUUAAAGUGAAUCAACAUGUACUGAAGGACGAUGAGGUGUUACACAGUGACUGUGGUGUGAGUGUGCAGGUUUUACACUGUAAGUUUUUGUAUCAUGUUCAUGAUUAAAAAUCUUUGAAGA